AUGUAUACCAUUGAUAUUGUAAAUGAAGAAAAGUAUGUUCAAAGAGUUGGUGACAUAUGCGGUGAACAUUAUGUUCCCGUUUCAUUGCCAGGUAGAUAUAAAUAUAAUAUAGAAGAUAUAGAAAAUAUAUUAUACAUAUGGAUGGAUAAAAAGUAUGAAAUAAAAAAUAAAGAAUAUAAAGAUUUAUAUAUAUUUAGCCUAAUAUUUAAAGAAACAAAAUUUUCCUUAAUAUUAUGUAAAUCAAGAUAUGAGAAUAAUUUUUGUACUUGGCAAAUAUUAUGGUAUGCUUGGAGAGAUAUUUUCAGAAAAAGUUUUGAAAAAAAUAAUAAAUACUUUGAAAAGUAUAAAAAUAAUAUUAUUGAUUUUCAAGCUGGUUGUAUUUACUUACUAUUUUUAUUAUAUUUUUGUCAGCAUGUAGAAUCAAACCAUUAUGCUUAUCCAUUAUAUAUGUCAACCGAAACAAUAAAUUUAUGUUUGGAUGUAACAGAAGAAUGUGAAAAAAGAAAUAUAUUUAAAGAAUUAAGAUUUAUUUUAAAUUUCAUGAUAGACUCUAACUCUAUUAUUUUGAGUUGUAAUGACUGCUUAAGUGAAAUUUAUCAAGAUAGAUAUGGUGCUCCACUUCAUAUAGAAAAAGGUAAACUUUACGUAGAAAAUUCUAUUGAGAUCAAUAAUGUAGAUGUACAAAAAUUUUUUGAUUAUUUUAUUAAUGAUAUAAGAGAUUUAAGUGAAUUAUGUGAUGAACAAAGAAAGAAAAAUACACUAAGCAACACUUCGACGUACAACCUUCUUUUAAAACUAGAAAACAUCAAAAAUAUAAUUAAUAAAGAUAAUGAAUGA